ACAAGUUUUUCAUGUUUUGUUUUUCGUAUGAGCGGCGGCAGGGAGUACAUAUCUGCAGCAGCGCCAUCUCCGCUUUCUGCUGGUGGGGAUGGCUCCGGAUCGCCUGAUAUGUCCAAGCUCAUUGCUGGGAUUUGUCUGGUGAUCCUCACUUACACUUCCUGCUUGGUCACCAUUGUGUUCCUGUGGAGGAAGAGGAUGCAAAUUCGGCAGGAGCAGGAUCAAGAGAGCUACACGGACGCUCGUGGCUCUCGAGAUCUUUUCCAUCAUGAGAACAGCGGCGACAUGGAAAGGAGAUUGGAGCGCUACACUUUUCUGCAGCUACACAAGGCCACCCAAGGCUUUUAUCUCAAGAACAAGCUCGGUCAAGGUGGAUUUGGAGAAGUCUACAAGGGAGUGCUGGAAAAGGAGGGGAUCGUGGCGAUCAAGCAGCUGAUGCGAGCGCCAAACCGUCCACAGCAAGGUGCCGAGUUCAUCAACGAGGUCUCCAUGAUCUCCUUUGUCCAGCACAAAAACUUGGUGAGACUGCUGGGCUUUUGUGCCGAGGGCGAGCAUCGUCUCCUCGUCUACGAGUUUAUGGAGAACAACAGCCUCUCGAAAAUCUUACUUGGAGGUUGCUUAUUCGUUGACUGGAGCGAUCGAUUCAAAAUAUGCGUUGGAGUGGCUCGUGGACUGGCUUACCUGCAUGAGGAGUCCACAAUCAAGAUGAUUCAUCGCGAUAUCAAAGCGGGCAACGUACUCUUGGACAGGGACUUGAAUCCAAAAAUUUCGGAUUUUGGGCUGGCAACGCUCAUGGAAGCUGGUUGCUCUCACCUCAGCACUGGAGUUGUCGGAACUUGUGGCUACGUUGCUCCAGAAUAUUUGUUCACUAGCCAGCUCACGGAGAAGGCAGAUGUCUACGCAUUUGGAAUCCUUGCUCUCGAGAUUGUAAGUGGGCGACCAAACAUGAACCUGGAGCUGCCUGACGAGGAAAUCUUCCUUCUCGACCGGCGAUCACAGGCAUGGACUUUGUUCGAGGGUGGUCGUUUGCUCUCUCUCGUGGACACGAGGCUUGUAAUUUCAUGCGCGGCAGCAGAAGUGGAGAGGGUGGUGAUGGUUGCUCUUCACUGCACGCAGGCCUCUCCCUCGGCACGGCCAUCCAUGAGUAGCGUCGUUGGCAUGCUCCUGGGAAACCUCACCGUCACCACGGAAGUCGUCAAGCCAGGAUUCAUUCGCGAUCUCAGGAACUCGCAACGAAGACUUUGCACUAGCAACAAAAGUGUUUUGCGUGUGUGCCCGUCUUCCUAGGGCUUUCUUUCUAGGAAUGUAAUUUCGAUGAUAGCAUGGC